AUGCUUAUCGUUCAAGGAGAGGACCAAUAUAUCAAGCAAUACCUUGAAGCACUUUCUUCACGUUCUGUACGCUAUGGAAAAGAUUACUGCUCGCGUCAAUUGCCAUCAAGUCCACGCAUCAAGCGCAAGCCAAAUGCACCUGAGGAAGCAGCAGCCGCAGCUGCAACGAUAAGCACUGAGAGUCCAAAGAUUGAUGUCGUUAUCAAGGUACUCAAGCCAGCCUCGCAGCUUACCAUUACCGGCAUCUCGGUCAAUGACACGAUUGAAGAUCUCAAGGAACGUAUCGCCAAACAAUACGGCAACGGCUUAACUCUCAACCGACAACGUUUGCUUCUCAAGGGCAAAGCACUUUCAGAUCCAAAGUGUUUGAGCGAGUAUAAUUUGACUGACAAGGCAACAUUGCAUUUGAUGAUCACAGCUGCACCUGCAUCACCCGCCUCUUCACCUGUGGUUGGUCGAUUUGGUCUCUCGGCAACAGCGGAUGAAAAGAUCAAGGAUCCAGCAUUUUGGGAUGCAAUCAAGUCGACUGUAGCACAACAACUAGGAGGUGUAGACAAGGAUGUAGAUAUUGUAUUGGAAAAGAUGAAGAGUAAUCUCUCGCAAUAA